ACGACGACGAGGUCGAGACGCCGCGCGAGCCGCGUCGUCGCGCGAGUCUUCUCCGCGAGGAUGGAGCAGCUCGCCCAGUUCGUCUCGAAGAGCUUCGACAACGCGAGUCUAACCACGGAGCACCCCUGCAGGAACCCCGAGAGGCCACCUUCCGCGAGGAUCACGCUGAGCGUUGCGCAUCUACUCGGUGAUCCUGAGAACGAUUGCAAUGCUGGUGCGUCGGCCCGCGAAUCCGCUCAGGAACCGUCGAGCGUCGAAGCAAGCAGCGUCGAGGAGCCGCCGUCGCCGGAAGCUCGGCUCCAACCGGAAGAUCUCUCCGUCACAACGAAAACGAAGGAGAUCAAGGACGUCGUGAACACCUCCGAGAAUCUUCCGCCGAUCAAAACGCCGGAGUUGAAGCUUUCGGUGAGGAAAUUGCUGGGGUGCAGCCCGUCGCCACCGCCGAUCUCGAGAGAUCGAACCCCGAGCCCGGAGAACUGCGUCGAGGUAAAAGGCCAGGUCGUCGGCGACUUGAAGACGCCAACGGACCUCAAGCUGCCGUCGCAGGUGUCGAGGUCAUUGGUACAAGGACAGGAGGACACCGCGAAAGGUUCGAACUGCCGCAACAACGGGAACGGGAACGGCAAGCAACGGAGAUCCCGGACGAACUUCACGCUGGAACAGUUGGCAGAGCUGGAGAGGCUGUUCGACGAGACGCACUACCCCGACGCGUUCAUGAGGGAGGAACUAAGUCAGAGACUCGGACUGAGCGAGGCAAGGGUUCAAGUUUGGUUCCAGAAUCGACGGGCGAAGUGUCGCAAACACGAGAGCCAAUUGCACAAAGGGGUAGCAGGUGGAAUGGUGCUGGCGCCGCGCAGUCCCCCGACCAGUUUGGAGCCGUGCCGUGUCGCGCCCUAUCUGCCAGCGUUAAGGUUGCACCCUCCGCUGCAGGGUGCAAGCGGGAACGUGACCGUCGCCGCUGGCUCGGCUUUCGACCCGGCAGUCCUCCAUUACGCGACGGCCGGCGGACUUUUUUGUUUGCCACCGCCGCCGCCGCCGCCGACUUCCGGCCACCCACACUCCCAUCCGCUAAGUUUGGCAGCGUCUCUGGCCGCGGCCGCGGCCAGGUCCAAGAACAGCAGCAUCGCGGACCUCAGGCUGAAAGCUAGACGACAUCAGGAGGCGCUGGGCCUCGACAGGCCCGCGUAA